CUCGCGGGGCAGCGGGGGAGACGCGGCGCUGGUGCAAGGGGCCCCCCGCGCCGGGCACACGCGCCCCGCGGACGCACUCAGGGGGUGGCGGGGGGGUUGCUGCCCGGAGGCCAGGCAGGGCGGGCUGGGCGCUUUGGAUGCGUGGGCCCCCGGUUUAGCGGCGUCCGAGCCGGGGCUUUGCUCUUCCUUUCUGUCUCUCUCAGUGUGGGGUGGGGAGGGGGCUCCGGGACUGAAAGAUGGAGACGGUCAGUAGAAGCAGCUUCCAGCCGCACCCCGGGCUGCAGAAGACCUUGGAACAGUUUCAUCUGAGCUCCAUGAGCUCCCUGGGUGGCCCGGCCGCCUUCUCCGCCCGCUGGGCGCAGGAGAUGUACAAGAAGGACAAUGGCAAAGACCCCGCGGAGCCCGUCCUCCACCUGCCCCCCAUCCAGCCCCCGCCGGUGAUGCCGGGCCCCUUCUUCAUGCCCUCGGACAGGUCCACGGAGCGGUGCGAGACCAUCCUGGAAGGGGAGACCAUCUCCUGCUUCGUGGUGGGUGGGGAGAAGCGGCUCUGCCUGCCGCAGAUCCUGAACUCCGUGCUCAGGGACUUCUCCCUGCAGCAGAUCAACUCGGUGUGCGACGAGCUGCACAUCUACUGCUCCAGGUGCACGGCCGACCAGCUGGAGAUCCUGAAAGUCAUGGGCAUCCUGCCCUUCUCGGCCCCCUCCUGCGGGCUCAUCACCAAGACGGACGCCGAGAGGCUCUGCAAUGCCUUGCUCUACGGGGGCACCUACCCGCCCCACUGCAAGAAGGAGUUCUCCAGCACCAUCGAGCUGGAGCUCACGGAGAAGAGCUUCAAGGUGUACCACGAGUGCUUUGGGAAGUGCAAGGGACUCCUCGUGCCGGAGCUGUACACCAACCCCAGCGCUGCCUGCAUCCAGUGCUUGGACUGCAGGCUCAUGUACCCGCCUCACAAAUUUGUGGUCCACUCGCAUAAAUCCCUGGAGAACAGGACUUGCCACUGGGGCUUUGACUCGGCUAACUGGAGGUCCUAUAUCCUCCUCAGCCAGGAUUACACCGGGAAAGAGGAGAAAGCAAGGCUGGGCCAGUUCUUGGAUGAAAUGAAAGAGAAAUUUGACUACAGCAACAAAUACAAGAGAAAAGCACCCAGGAUCCCUUCAGAUCCUCCUGCUUCCAAAAAGCCCAAAAUUGAUGACUCUGCUUCCCAGUCUCCAACUUCUGCCGAGAAGGAAAAGCAGUCCAGUUGGUUACGGUCCUUGUCUGGUUCAUCCAAUAAGAGUAUUGGUUUUGUCCAUCCCCGUCAGCGCCUCUCUGCUUUCCGGCCUUGGUCCCCUGCUGUUUCAGCAAACGAGAAAGAGCUCUCGACACAUCUUCCCAUAUUAAUCCGAGACAGUUUUUACUCCUACAAAAGUUUUGAGAAUGCUGUGGCCCCCAACGUAGCUCUCGCACCUCCUGCUCAGCAGAAGAUUGUAAGCAAUUCCCCAUGUGCCACAGUGGUGUCACGGAGCAGUGAGCCAAUGAGCAGCCCAGUCCAGCCACGGAAAAGGAAGCUGACUGCAGACAACCCAGCAGUCCCGGAAGCAGUGACCACCAUCACUGCUACCGAAGAAGACAAAGAAUCAGAAGCAGAGAUUGAAGUAGAAACCCGGGAGGAAUGUACGUUCACCUCAUCCCUGUCCUCGCUCUCCUCCCCAUCCUUUACUUCGUCCAGCUCUGCGAAGGACAUGAGCUCACCUGGGAUGCAAACCACAGUUAAUGUCAGCAACUCCUUUGAGGUUGCCACCCACGCCGAGUCUCACAGCAGUGGGUUGGAAGCUGAACUGGAGCAUCUAAGGCAGGCCCUGGACAGCGGCCUGGAUACUAAAGAAGCCAAAGAGAAAUUCCUUCAUGAAGUGGUUAAAAUGAGAGUGAAGCAGGAGGAGAAGCUAAAUGCUGCCUUGCAGGCUAAACGAAGCCUGCACCAGGAGCUGGAGUUCCUGCGCGUGGCUAAGAAGGAGAAACUGAGAGAGGCAACUGAGGCAAAGCGCAACUUGAGGAAAGAGAUCGAACGUCUUAGAGCUGAGAACGAGAAGAAAAUGAAAGAAGCUAAUGAGUCGCGGAUACGACUAAAGCGGGAACUGGAGCAAGCCAGGCAGAUCCGGGUGUGUGACAAAGGAUGUGAAGCAGGCAGGCUGCGGGCCAAGUACUCUGCCCAGGGCAUGUGGAAUGCAAGGCCAUCCACUGUUCCAAGCCCCCUGAAAUGACCCAGCAUAACAGGCUGAGCUGAGAGCCAAGUGGCAGCCUCCUGGAUUUCCAUGAGAAACACCAGUCAAGAGGAGUUCGCUGCAGUGCUCUGCCCCCCCUUUCCCCUCCCACUGAAACAACCUGAUUGGCCCUUAAUUUCCUCCCGAUUGAAAGAACAUGGCUCCAUACUCCUAGUUAACCCUUUCACAACCUCACCCUUUCCAAAAAACCCAAAGUAGCACUUCUCCCCAAUUCCCUCCACUCAUUGGCCUCCCCCUACUGCCAUCUAGCCUUAUUCAAUCCCUCAACCACCUUCUGCCAAACCAUCUCCCUCACUGGUUCCCAGUCCAAGAAUCUGGCAGAUAAAUGGUUAAUAAAAGAGAUAGGUUAGAAAGAGCCUAGAGCAAAGGGAGUUUCUGACAGGAGGGAGAUGGGGCAGGUUUCGCUCCCAGUCCAAGCAGCUGACUUCCUGCUAUGGUUCCUCUCUCCACACAUCUCCCAGAAAGUGGCCAGUUUUAUGUUUUUAGCAUCGGUUGGGGGGGAGAUGAAUAAAGAUUUUUGAUAGAUGUAGCCCUACACCGAGCAGAGAUACAUGUAACAUCGAUGCAAACACCAUAUAAGUAGCAUGCAUAUGAACUACUAGAGGAUUGGGUCAUGGAUCAACAUAGGUGUGUUCACAUUAGUUCAUACCUAACUAAGCAUGUCAUUACACACACAUCCCCUCAUUUGGGGCUGGAUUGUAGGUCACAAAUACCAAAACUUAAAACUGCAGCUUUUCAAAGAGUCUCUUUAAAAGGAAAAAAGAAAAAUCAACAACCUAAAUUUGUCUAACCCUGGUUCUCAAUAACGGGAAGGGGAGUGGUCCGAUUGUACCACUCGGAGACAUGCUUAACCAAGAGACCAGAAGCAGGAAAUGAUGUGGGCUUCCUCCCUAGCAUCUCAGGAUGUCUCACUGAUAAGAGAUGUCCAGACUAAACAUACCCAGACUGAGCUCUGUUGCAUUGGGCGUUACCUGCAAUUGACUUCCACUUUAGCAACAAAAAAAAAAAACAACAAAACCCAAGGCGACAGGUCAUGCAGAUAAAAUAAACUCUUUAAUUUCUGGAUAGAGCUUUGCUGAGCUGCAGGUGUGUUCUCUCUUGCAUUUUGCUCUGGAUGAAAAUUUUUUUUUCCCCAUCUCCCAUAAUACCCCCCAAUAGGGGGGUUUUCAGCUACCUGUAUCUAGCAUGAGGGCUAACAUUUGUAAAGGCACCUAAAUGACUUAGGAGCCUCAGGCUAAAAUUUUCAAAAGGGACUUAGAGGCUAAAAAUUUUGAAGCAAGUCAGUCAGACUUACACACCUAAGUGCUAUAGAAAAUUUUACACUCUAUGCCUUAAUUUGUAGCUGCCAAACUUGCACAGGAAGAGAGAGCAAGAGCAUGUACGUGUGCUUUCAUAAUUUGUUACUGAUUUCAAAGAAACCACAGUUCUUUUGCCAGGUUUUAGUCUGAAAAAUACCAUCAAACAAGCAUGAGCAGACAUCAUAAACCCAGGGCUGGGCUUGUUGACAGGAGUUUAAAAGAGUUAGGGGCCAAUCUCCUAGUGAAAGGCAGGGCAAGUUGGGCUCUGAACUCCCUUAUCCUAGCCCAGAGGGCCAAAUUCAGAAUGGGUGGAAAGAUCCUGCACUGCCUGAUUACAGGUCUGGUGUCGGCCCCAGGAAGGCAAGGCAUUCAUCUCCCUGGGACGGGCCAGGCGGCUGCAGAUGUUUUCUGUUACCUCUGCCGCUGAGCUAAGUUACAGUUUACAAGUCAGCACAGUCCUCAUCACCGUCUACAUCCCUGCAUGCUGGGCUUUGCACUUGUCCAGUUAUGGAGUCAGACACUCAGACUAUGGGCCUGAGUCGGUGAGGAGCUGAGCUCUUCCGGGGGUUUGGGGUUGCUGAGGAUGGUCACAGGCUGAUGCCCGAUGCUGAACUAUGGAUAGAUGGGUGUUGGUUCAUCUUCCCCCUGCAGCAUAACUGGCAAGCCCCAGAUUCGGCAUACAACCCCCUCCCUGCCUGGAAGGUGCUAACCCUUCCUCUCUUGUGUAAGGAUCCAUGGGCUGUUUGGCCCAAUUUCUGUGUGGGAAGCCCAGCCGCCUUUUCAGCAUCAGGUUAGGGCCCAGCAGCCACUUACAGCUCACGCUGGUCAAAAAAUGAGUUUGAUCAGCUGCCAAUUUAGCUUUUUCCUCAACACGCCAGGGCCAGAAGGGACCACUGUGAUCCUCUAGUCAGACCCCUGGUGUAGUCCAGGCCUUGGCCUUUCUCCAGAGUAAUUCCCGUUUGAAAUAGAGCACAUAGCUUAGAAAAAACAUCCAACUGUGAUUUAAAAUUUACCCAGAAUCCAUCACACCCCUUGAGAAAUUGUUCCAAUGGUUAAUUUACCCUCCAUGUUAAAAAUGUAGGCCUUAUUUCCGGUCUGAAUUUGUCAAAGUAGCUCAAAGAGCUACAGCCGGGGGUGGGGGGUGAGUUCAGAUGGUCACUUCUUUUCUCCUUCAGUCCCACACCUCAAACCCAGCUGCCCCACUACAUUACUCUACAUUGUCUUCCCGUCCUCAACGUCACUUCCAUUUAACAUAAAAGGUGUAAGGAUUCUUGCUUGUGUGUAAAAUGAGAUCACAGUUGGCCGAUUUGCGGGGCUGUGACCAGCUGGCCAAUCAGAAUGCAUUUUUGGAGAAUCAUGCUAAUAACCCAUCUAAAAUGCAUGGAAAUUAGUUAGUUACAUUAGCAAGCAGUUAAACCCUUGCAUGUUGCUACCUUAAAAAUCUAUAGGCAUAAGAACUGCACUAGGUGGGGCUUCCGUAAAUGACCUACUUGGUCUUUCCCAUUUUUAACACUUCUGAGAUUCAUACCAUACCAUUGGCCCACGAUGUCUUGUAAUAGUGAAGUGCUUCCAAGAAGGCAAACAAUUCCCAUAAUGCACACAGCUAACUGUACGGGGGCAGGGAGAAGGAAUGACUAAAUUCCUUCCUGAUCCUCUUAUCCCCUGCAGCAGGAAGUUACAUCACUCUUCUCAGCGCCUAUGUAAAUUACUUGUGUUAUUGGUCUGAAAUGAUCUAGUCCUUGUCUGAAGACACAGUGGACCCAAACUACAAUGGUGUGUUUUCCCCCCACCCAUUUCUUUUGCUCUAGAUUGAAGACCUACAGGUUAAGCUUCAGCAUGCUGAGGCUGACAGGGAACAGCUCCGAGCUGACCUGCUGCAUGAGAGGGAGGCUCGGGAACACUUGGAAAAAGUGGUCAAGGAACUUCAGGAACAACUGUGGCCUAAAGCAAGCAAUCAUCCCAGCAGCGAGAACACAGCAAAUGACAUUGAAAACUAAACAACAUCUAAUCCGUAUACAGAAUAACAUAUAUGCACAGUAAAGGAGGAUGUAUGUGGGGGGGUGUGCAUGUGUGAGUGGGUGUGUGUUGCUCUGCACACAUCUAUAAAUAUGGACUUUAUUAUUGGUUGGAGGGCAGAUGUUACUCUUUACAACAGAAGCACUGGCUUAUGCCUCUUUUUUCAAUCCAUAUAGCACAACAUUUUACUGUGCCUAUACCACACAGAGUGUUUAUAAACUAAAUACUUUUGAGUCCACUGCAAAUUUUCUACUGGCAAACUUCAAGCAAGCAGCAUCGUCCAACUCAAACCAGAGUAUAAGGCAAGCAACCAUGGCAGUGCUUUGACGUUGUUCUUGUGCUUGCUGGAACGCUUUGGAACGUCAAACAAACAAAAACUCCAACCAACUUUUUGUUAUAAGCUAUUUAAAAUGAUGACAUUAUACAGACUUGUUAUUAAAACAAUUAACGAGAUUUUUUUAUAACAAACCUUUAAAAGCAAAACAAAAGAAUU